AUGAAAGCUGUCCAGAUCCUCGGAGACAUGUCUUCUCCCAAACUCACAACCAACUUCUCUAUGAAUAAACCCGAACCAGCCAAGUCCGAGAUUCUGGUUCUUGUUCACGCCGCUGGCGUCACGGGCGAUGAAAUCAUGUGGCCAGAGACUUACCGACGUCCAACCCGUAUUCCAGGCCACGACAUUUCCGGCGUCAUCACCGCUUUUGGCCCCGAUUAUUCUGGCCCCCUAAAAAUUGGCCAAGAGGUUUUUGCUUUUCUGUCAGCGCACACAGGUGAAGGGCAAGCAGAUUACGCUGUCUGUGCUCCUGAAGAGGUUGCUCUGAAGCCAGCGUCGCUUUCCCAUGGUGAGGCUGCUGCACUGCCGAUUCCGGCCCUGACAGCGUGGGAGGUUCUAGACUAUGCCGACAUUCGUAUUGGGACGAGAGUCCUUGUGACGGGCGCGUCGGGGGCUGUUGGGCAGCAGUUUGUGCAGCUUAUUAAGCAUUUGACAAGUGCUUAUGUGAUUGCGCUGGUGUCCGAGACGAGCAAGCAUUUGCUGGGUGACGUACUUGAUGAAAUCGUCGACUACAAGACCCCAAACUGGGAGAAGUCGGUGAAGGAUGUCGAUGUUGUUUUUGAUACGGUAGGCGGGGAGGUUCUGGCCAAGACAUGGGAAACGGUCAAAUCCGAUGGCAUGAUCAUCACGAUUGGCGAUCCUGCGCCUUCGUGGGCUUUUGGCGGCGACGAACCCUCCGAGUCCUUGUCCCUACCAGGUGUUAAGUACAAGUACUUCAUUGUAUCGCCGAAUGCCGAGCGUCUGGGACAGGUGGCGAAGUUGUACGAUGAUGGAGUGUUGAAGCCACUAGCCGUGAAGACGUUUCCCUUUGAGCAGGCUGUUGAAGCUUGGGAGGAUGCUAGGCAGCGUGGAAAGGGCUACAAGGUCGUCAUAGAGUUUUAA